AUGGCUCAGCUUCACUCGACGGUGGGUGUGCUGAUCAGUUCCAUGGCGGAGAUAUUAAAUUCCAUGGCGGAGAUGAAAGCAGCUGUUCUUCAACACACGCCUCCAGCACAGGUGGGAUCUGUUCGAGACUAUCUCGGCGAAUUCGAGGAGCUCGCGUCGCAGUUACCGGCGGAUACAUCCAAUUUCUUCUUCGAGGAACACGUUUUCGUCCAUGGGCUCAAGGACGGGAUUAAGGAUAUGCUUCGCGUGUUUGAACCAAAGGGCUUCGACGAUAUCGUCUCACUGGCUCGCAGGUUGGAGAAUAGUCGUUUCUUUGGCCGAUCGAUCAAGCCACCGCUCGACGAUUCAUCACCCACUGAUGAUUAA